AUGGCAGAGGCAAAACAUCAAGGAACUAUUCCUCCUCAGGAAGUGGCAAGUGCUACAAAAACAAGUUGGCCUGAGCUGGUUGGUGUGAGUGCAGAUGAAGCUGAGAAGAAGAUAAAGGAAGAUAAGCCUGACGCUUAUGUUCAAGUGGUGCCGCAUGAUCAACCUUUUGUUACUUCUGAUUUCGUAUUCAAUAGAGUUCGAUUAUUUCUGGAUGAAUCUAAUAAGGUUAUCAAGACUCCAAUCAUUGGCUAG